CUCAUGUUGAUCAUAUUGGUUCUACAUUCGUGUAGUAUGCACUCAGCCACAGCUACUUCGUAGUCGCUUCAGCCUCGUACGUCAUAAUCCUACAACGAAUCAUAACUCCAAACAGAAGCACGUUUUCUUCGAGUUCUGGUGUAUGAAUUUCCUUUUAAGCUUCUAAGUAUGCAAUAUAUUACGAUGUUAUUUCAUUUCAAUCGUGCUUGGCAUCUUGGCAACACUAUCACAACCCAUAACACAAAAUGUUCAAAGCCAACGGUCCUCCGCCUACGCAACUGUCAUACGACGACGAGCCCCCAACCUUCUACGACCACCUCCCCGCCUACGAAGAUGUAACCUCCUACCAAGACCCCACCCUCGGCACAACCCUAACCCUCGACCCAACCGGCCAAUCCAUCAUCACGCUCCCGCUCUCCUCCUCCUCCCCACCCCUCUACACACUCAGCACCUCCCUCCUACAGGUAACCUCCUUCAGCGCCGUCAAAAUCCUCGCCCCCGACUCCACGCCCCUCUACUCCAUCAGCGAGCAAUUCAUCACCCCCAUCCACACGCCCGUGCCCUCCAUCUACAAAAACGUCACGGCAUUCCGCUCCACCGGCCUCGCGGCCCGCAUCGGGCUCCGGAAGGUCGUCUGGGAUUUCUUCACCCAGAUCCCGAUCCCGGUGGACAAAGAUGGGAAGGCGGUAAAAGAUGGGGAGCCGGCAGCGGGCGGCGCGUGGCUGCAUGUCGAUGGCAUGGAUUUGGGGAAGGAGAAGCUGAUUUUGAGGUUCAAAGAGGGGAAGUGGUUGGAUCCGGAGAUGAUGCAUUUUUUGGUCAGUGCUUGGUGUGUGGUUUUUUGGAAGGAGGUGGGGAAGAGGGUUAAGCAAUUUAAGCAGAAAGGUGUAUGAUUUUCCUUUUACGGAAGAGAUGAUUGGGAGUCGUACGGCUUUGUGGCGUUCGAAUGUGGGUGUCUCUCUAUCAAGAUUCGGAAAGGAAAGUUAAUUUUUCGGGCUAUAUCAAUUUCAUUGCUAAC